UGAAACAUAGUGGCUUUACAGGAGGGCCACCAUGGAUUCUCAGGCUUUGUUGUCAAAACAAGUCGAUGCUCAGCUUCAUGUAGUCAUGUUUCCAUGGCUAGCUUUUGGCCAUAUGAUACCAUUCUUGGAGCUUGCCAAGCUCAUUGCUCAAAGUGGUAAUCAUGUGUCCUUCGUAUCUACCCCUAGGAACAUUGAUCGUCUCCCAAAGCUUCCUCCAAAUUUGGCACCUUUUAUCACUUUCGUGAAGCUGCCGCUGCCCCAUGUGCCAAACCUCCUGGAGAACGCGGAGGCCACAGCUGAUCUUCCGAAUGACAAGGUUCAAUUUCUCAAGGUGGCCUACGAUUUGCUUCAACAGCCCAUGACUCGUUUCCUAGAUGCUGCGGAUCCGGACUGGGUUAUUCAUGAUUUUGCGCCUUAUUGGUUGGGCCCUAUCGCCACCAAGCUUGGUAUUUCGUGCGCUUUCUUCAGUAUAUUCAACGCGUCCUGUGUGGGUUUUUUCACUCCAGGGGACCAGUUAGAGUAUCGGUCGGAGCCUGACCAUUUCACAGUUCCUCCCAAGUGGGUGCCGUUUCAGUCAAAGGUAGCGUUUCGGUACUUUGAAAUAAAGAAGAUCAUUUCUGAGGGCCUGAGUGGUGAUGCUUCGGGCGUUUCGUUUAAGUACCGGCUCACAGAAAGCAUCGAAGGCUGCGACCUGUUGGCCGUGAGAAGCUGCUUUGAGUUGGAACCCGAGUGGCUGCGCCUCUUAGAGCAGCUUAACCGUAAACCAGUUAUUCCGGUGGGUCAGCUAGCUCCCGAAUUGGACGAUCGUGGGGACUAUGGUAAGGAUGAGACAUGGCAGCAAAUCAAGGAAUGGCUAGACAAACUAGCCAGAGGGUCGGUGGUGUAUGUGGCAUUCGGGAGCGAGGCCAAACCCAACCAAACAGAAAUCACUGAAAUCGCUCUUGGGUUGGAGCAGUCCGAGCUACCCUUCUUCUGGGUGCUAAAAAUGAGCCUUGACCCCUCGGAUACUGAGAUGGUCAAGCUGCCAGAAGGAUUCGAGGAGCGAACCAAGGGUCGCGGGGUAGUGUGCACGAGUUGGGCGCCUCAGCUAAAGAUACUGAGUCACGACUCCAUCGGUGGAUUCUUGAGUCACUCCGGGUGGAGCUCCGUGGUGGAGGCACUGAGUUUGGAGAGACCUCUCAUUCUGUUGACAUUUUUCGCUGACCAAGGCUUGAACGCUAGUUUUUUGCAGGAGAAGAAGAUGGGGUAUCUGAUUCCCAGAAAUGAGGGAGAUGGAUCAUUUACGAGGGAGGCAGUGGCCCAGUCACUGAGGCUGGUAAUGGUGGAGGAAGGGGGCAAGAUUUACAGGGAUAAAGCCAAGGAGAUGAGCAGUCUGUUUCGAGACAGGGACAAGCAGAAACAGUACAUGGAUAAUUUUGUGAGCUAUCUCAAAGCGUAUAGACGCAUCAAGAAUAAGGGUGUGGCAGCAAGUUAAGCCAGUGCAAUAGACGCUGUGGUGGGAGUACGUGGUUAACAUUUUGAAACUACUGUAUCCCGCAUGUACUGCGCUUUUGGCGGUGCGUUAGAAAAGAGCACGAACGACCGUGAUGUGUUUCAGUUUUAUCUUUGCAGUUAUUUGAAGAUUUUGAAUUUUUGAAA